AUGGCUCUAGAGACCAAUGGAGUGGUGGGUGCCAUCCAGGCCUGGCUCCAGUCUUCUCAGCAUGUCCAGGUGCCCUUUGACUGGCUGAACGCUUGUGUGGAAUGGUUACGGAUAGAGGGAGGGAGAGAAGGCCGUCUGUCACAGCAGCACAUCAACCAACAAGUGUUGGACCAGUGGCUGUUGGCAGACCUGAGGGACCUGGGUCACCCUGUCCUCCCUGAUGGUCUCUCUCAGGCCCAGAAGACUGAGCUUAGUGGUACCUUCUGUGUUCAGGUUGAUUCAUUACUGGACAUCAGCCAGCCAGCAUAUGGGCAGUUGCAGAAAUUCCACAGCACAUACUGUACCAACGAUGAGGUGUCUGCUAUCACACAGACCACCCAGAAACCCUGGGAGGCCAAGCCAACACGCAUGCUACUGCUGCAGGUGACAGAUGGCGUUCAGAGCUUGGAGGCCAUGGAGUACCAGCCCAUUCCUGCACUUAACACUUCUCUCAGGCCGGGAGUGAAACUGAAGUUGCAGGGGCCGAUGGUGUGCAGACUGGGUGUGCUACUGCUGGGGCCAGCCAACGUCACGGUCUUGGGGGGUGAGGUUGAGGACAUGGUGCAUAGGAAUUCCCAGGGCAGGGUGCUAUGUAGGGCCCUUGGGCUUCCUGAAGAGGAGCAACAGAUCGAGGCAGAGGAACAGCAGGAGAUGGGGGAAGUGCUACCCAUCCCAGAACCGGGAAACCAGGAAAUGGAUGACUUUGAGUUAGAUGACCAAGAACUUUUGGCCAGUCUGGAGGCCCAGGAGCUGGUGGAAAGGGCUCAGGAAGAGUCUAGCUUGGAGAGCGGUUAUGGGACACUCAGUGUGGUCCCCUCUCAAUCUUAUCAGAGCUCUUCAAUCAGGAGUAAUUCCUCUACUGCCUCAUUUGGAAUUGGAGUCUCCACACCCUCUUACAGUGGUAGCGCAAACCAAAACAACAGAAGUGGUUUAGUCCAAGGUCAUCACAGGAGGAAGGAGCUACAGGAUUCUGCCAUUGUUGCGCCCUUCUCCUCUACCCACUCGACUAACCAAGAGGUCAUCGAUUAUAACGUGGCAGAAGAAGAUCUCCCUGAUGACUUUGAUGACCUGCCCCUGGAUGAGUUGGAUAGUGUUAUCUUUCAGGAAAGUUCAACUGUCACUCCACAGUCUGACAGCACUCACACAAGUACACCACAUGCUAACAAACAUAACAGACUCACAGCAAAACUCAACAGUUUUGACGAAGCAGUGACACCACAGACUGAUCAGCUUGACAGUUUACAACAACAGGAGACUCUGACAGGUUCCCGAUCAUGUAUCAGCGCUGACAAAUCCAGAUUUAUCAGGCCAGACAAUAGUCAAAGCCUCUCUAGGCAGGCCACAGGGCAGCUGAAGACAAUGACCUCCAAGUCCUACUUCUCCUCACCUCAGCCUCGAUCACAUGACAGUCAAAAUUUUCUAGCUUACCGUGACAGGGAUUUAAUAGAUGUAGACAUGGAUUCCUGCUUUCCUGAUAAAAUAGAAAGUUGCAGUUUGCAAGCUAAGUUUGACCACACACACAGUAUAACUGCGCAGACAGAAGAAGCCUCAAGGGAUGGACCCCUUGGUGGACAUGUUAGUGGAUCCCUUGGUGGACAUGUGCAUCAGAGACCAGAAGGGUCCCUUCAGACAAGGGUUUGGACAAAUACAGCUGCUACUAGUACAGAACCAUCACACUACAGUUAUGGUCUUACCAGCCAGGCAUCAAGCGGAGUAGAAGAUAAGUUUUGCAUUAAAACAGAAGCUCCAUUUGAGAGCCCACAAAACACACCUCAGGGGCCAAGUAACACCUCGGGAGUUGUGGGAUCUGGUAGAAUGCCUGAUAAAAAAAACCCACGAUGUAAUGUAACCUCUCUAACAACCAGCCUGACCUCUCCGCCGUUCACCUACCUGUGCCUCCUACAAAACUUAACCUCCUCCCAGCCGCACCCUCAUGGAAGUGAGAUCCGUGUCAAAGCCUUCAUUGUGACUCUCUUAGGAAAACUGACCAGCAACAGCGGUGUUUGGCGUGUUUGGGCCACUAUAUCGGAUGGCACAGGAUACUUGGAGGUAGAGCUGUCAGAUGAGAUGUUGACGGGCCUGUUAGGCUUCUCCGUGGUAGAAAAGGGGGCUCUAAAGCGUGACCCAACUCGGAGAGGGGAGGUAGAUGCCGGAAUGAAGAGGUGUCAAGAGGAGCUUGUGGACAUGUGCUGCGUGAUGACCAUCGCAGUUGAAGCAGAGGGUAGAAAAGCUGUGGUGACCAGAGCAAACCCAGUCACUGAGAAUGACUUCCAUGCGCUAGAGCAGAGGAUCAGAGACAGGAGAGUAUGAAAGGUGGAGGGGAAGAGGGGUCAUUGUAGCCACAAUGAUACAUGGGAAAUUCUUGAUGCUUGGGGGAUGGGAGUCAAAAAAUGGCAAAUGGGCACACUUGAGGCAAACUUAAAACUGCCUACCUUCAGUGCUUUAAAAAGACUUAACACUUAGAUGUUCCUGUUGAUAGACCAGUGAUCCCCAUCAGUACAAAGUGACUGUAAAUAUAAGAUUGGUGAUCUGUUUAUCGGUCAUCAGCCUAUUCUGCUGCUCAUUAUGUGAUACAGAAGGGUGGCAUUCUUGGUGAUCAUCAGCUGGGUUUUGCCUUGUAUUCCAUCUGUUACACAUGAAAAAUGUGACAUUGUGCCAUUGCUCAGUAAAAGAUGUCAUUCCUUUUUUCACAAAACUUAUUUUUCUGUUUGAACUGCACUCUACAACUUGUUCAUGUUAAUUAAACAAACUAAAAAAGUGCAUGCCAUAUCAAUAGAAAUCAGUUUUGGAUCACUGUUUGUGUUGUUGUUUACUUUUUUUGGAUUAGUACCAGAAGACAUUAUUCAUUAAAAAAAAAAAGAAAAUUUUGAACUUUACUUAGAAGAUUAUAGAGAAGAAGAAGUUCAAGGGGUUUUAGAUGAGAGAAGGGUGAGGAUGAGGGUGAAUAGAAAGGGUGGAAAAUGAAAAAGAAUUCAACUUCUGAUUGUUGUAAUGAAUUGCUGGCCUUUGCAUUCAUUCAAUGCAUCCAUUGCUUUUGAUUUGAAAAAUGAUUGAAUGUCCAAGGGCAGUGUGAACCUUUAUUAAACUCACCCUGAAGAGAAUGAGAGGAAAGGAAGAGAAAGGAGAGGCCAUGUGGUUUGAUUAUUUCCAUUCAUUACAGAGCUCGUCCAUGUUUUAUCCAUGAUGAGUUUAUUUUGAAGAAACUGCAAAGACAGAGUAACAUCAAUUUUAUUCUGUGCUUGUUUAUAUGCUGAAAUAAAGCUGUUGUGGAUGUUUUGUAAGUUCUUGAAUACUGCUUUUAGCAGCUUUUACUACUCAAGCCUUUGCUUCUAAUGUCUCACUUUUCUGUUUCACUUCUUUAAACGGGUCCUCAAUCCCUGGGCCACUUCACUUCAUUGGGUUCACUUUCCACUUGUUCAAGUCAUGAAACAUGUAUAUCAAGCUUUUGAAAAAACUCU